AUGAAGUUUUCAGUGAUCGUAUUGAGCCUACUGGCUCCAGCUUUUGCGGCGCCGAAUUCUCCCAGGCUGUGGUCCAGAAGACAGGACCGCAUAAUCGGGGGUACCGAAACCACCAUUACGGAGUACCCCUGGCAGCUGUCUCUCCUCCUCGAAGGGCCCCACAGGUGCGGAGCUUCCAUCAUUAGCUCCAGCUGGGCGCUGACGGCUGCCCACUGCAUCGACGGUGUCCCGGCAUCUCUGUUGACCGUGCGUGCCGGCUCCACGUACAGAAACAGUGGCGGGACUGUGCUCGAUGUUGCACAGGCUAUCAAAAACAGACUGUAUUACAGGCCGGCUGCCGACUAUGACAUUGCGGUGGUGCAGCCCGCUGAGCCAUUACCGCUGUGCUCUGAUGUGCAGCCCGUGGGCCUUCCAGACGCCGGAUAUCAUCCUCCGAAUGGCCUCGCCGUUACUGUGGCGGGCUGGGGACUGAUAGCGUCCGAUGGAAGGAAUGCAAACGCACUGAUGAAGGUGGACAUUAGCAUUGUCGAUCGCUCUACUUGCCAGGAAAACAUGGGUAGCCUCGUAACGAAGCGGAUGGUGUGCGCCGGUGAGGCAGGCAAGUCUGUGUGCAACGGGGACUCCGGAGGUCCACUCGUCAGUGGUACCACACAGCCCGCUGAGCCAUUCCCUCUGGGCUCUGACGUGCAGCCCGUGGGCCUUCCAGACGCCGGAUAUCAUCCUCCGACGGGCCUAGCCGCCACUGUGACGGGCUGGGCAACGACAGCGUCCGGUGGAAGUUCUGCAUCCGCACUGAUGAAGGCGGACAUUAAUAUUAUCGAGCGCUCUACUUGCCGGGAACACAUGGGUAGGCUCGUAUCGAAGCGGAUGGUGUGCGCCGGUGAAGCAGGCAAGUCUGUGUGCAACAGGGACUCGGGAGGCCCACUCGUCAGUGGUACCACACAGGUUAUCCCGCACUUGUACAGUUUCCUCUAUCGCCAGCCAAGAUACACAUAUCCUACGUCACAUGCAACUAAAAACUAA